GAGCACAGGCGUCAAAUCAAAUUACAAAUAGGAACUAGCCAUCCACAAAGCGCACAGUGAGCCCGAAUUGUUGAGACUUGCUUACUGGAGUUUAGUUUUACGAGCAGGAUUGUGAAGAUCUGCUUUAUUAAGCUUUUAUGUGGAAAGACUGACUGGCUGAAGUGGACAGAGGGUAGAAAAGAGGCACGCAUUUCUUAGAAAACAGCAUCGCUGCAAACUGAGAGGACUGUGUGUGUGUGUGUGUGUGUUUAUUUUUUAUUUUUCAUUCUGGGAAGGAGAAUCGGAGGAGCAAUAAAAAGGUGGAUGCUGGUGGUUAUGCAUUAAAUCCUCCAGUUCCUGGAUUCAAUGGUGAUUAAAACCCCAGCUGUGUGGGAGAAAAGAAGGAGGAAUAUUUGGGAAGGUAGACCUUCUCUGAGGGCCCCCCUGGCUGGCAAUGUUCCUGUGGAUGCUCCUCCCGGCCAGCCUGCCUGUCUUCACCAUCACCGGGAUGUGGAUAGUAUAUGCCCUGGCUGUGUUCAAUCAACACGUCUGCCCCGUGGAGAACUGGGUGUACAACCUGUCUUGUAAGGUGGAGCUAGCCGAGCAGGAAGGCCCUGAGUUUUGUUGCACCCCAGACAACAUCCCGCUGGUCAGUAAGUGUGGGACCCUGCCCCCCGAGAGCUGCCUGUUCAGUCUCAUCUGCAGCACAGGCUCCUUCAUGGUGAUGGUGGUUGGGCUGCUACGCUAUGCCCAUGUCACUGAGAAGCACCAGAACUGUUCCCUCAACACCGCCGCUCUGUCUACUGGCUGGAUCUGUGCCGCCGGGCUCAUCGUCGUUGGAAACUUUCAGGUUGACAAUGCGAAGGUGCUGCACUAUAUAGGUGCCGGCAUUGCAUUCCCCACCAGCAUGCUGUUUGCUUGUCUCCAGUCUGCGCUGACAUACCGCCUGGCCAAGACUGGCUGUGAAUAUGGAGUGGGGCACCUACGCAGCAGUCUGACCCUGCUCGCCUUCAUCACACUCGUACUGAGUGGCGUGUUCUUCGUGCAGGAGAGCUUUGAGCUGCAGCACGCCGCUGCGAUCUGCGAGUGGAUCUUCUCCUUCAUCAUCCUCGUCUUCUAUGGGACGUUCGCCUUCGAAUUCGGGGGGGUGUCGAGCGGGACCUUGCUGGUGCUGUUUGGGGGGGACCGGGACUCCCAGGGGGGCCUGCAAGGGGGAGGGGGAGUCUCGCAACAGCAGCAGAGAAUCAAGCAACCUGAGAGCAUCGGAAUGCUGUAGAGACUGACAGACGGACACAUGCACUGUGAAAAUUCCGAGCGGCCAGCACAGGGGGGAGGUUCCAAGAGGGGGGUGGGGUUGGGAGGGGGAUUACAAUGUCAUUUGACCCUCCCCUCCCCUCCCUUACCCACCAAUCAAACCCCUAAUCCAGCUUUAAUGUUGCAUGUUGCUAAGUGACCAAAGUUUCAGAUGAUCUAGGACAUGAGUUUCUGCAGAGACGGAGCCAGAUUUCUAUUUCUCAAAGUUUUAGUAGUGAAAGUGCACUGUGUUCUCACUGCCUGCAUUCCCUGGAAACAGACAAGUCCAUGGGUGAUGGGGUUAAUGAACCAUGGAGAUCACAAUCCAAGAAGAACUAGUACUGACCAGGCCUGACUCUGCUGCUGCUGCUGCUUAGCAUUCUGAGAUCAGAGCAGAUCCCAAUCCAAUAAGCAAUAGUACUGACCAGGCCUGACCCUGCUGAGAGCUACACUAUAGCCAUGUACCCUACCAACCAGCUUUGGGAAAGACUGUGAUCAUGAAUACUUUUGGAAUGAAAAUGGCACUAAAACAUGGGACAAGGAGUGAAGAUGCUGAGGGGACUGCAAACCAAAACCUUUGCUGACAACAGCCUUGACAGUCUUUUAGAUCUAGUCUUUCUGAGGUAAUGUCUAUGGUGCUAGAACUAACCAAAGAGAAGCCAAACCCAAGAAGUGCACCAUAGAACUGACUGGAUCCUUUCUACCUCCACAAACACAACAAAGCGCCAUCUGGUGUUAAUGCAAGUGUGGAGUACUGGGUUUGUUUGCCUUACAAGAGAUUUUAUUAAAAUUAGUAAUCCAUGGAUUUAUAUUGAAAAGAAAAACAAAAAACAAUCACGACUUGGUAUUUCAGUAUGCUUUCAAGUGUGCUUUUCUAUUUGAAUAUUUGUAUCUCUUAUAAAUGCUCCUGGUCUGGAUUAAAUCAAAAUGAUGGCUCUGCUAUAGCAGCGCCUUAAACUUUGAUUUGAUUCUGGCCUCUGUCUCCUUUUUCAGGAACCUUAAAUUUGAGCUUUUGCACAAUCCUAUUUUAUUUAAGGUAGGUUCCUUGAGUACAAAUAUUGUGAAGUUGCAUUCUUCUGAAACUCAACGCUAUGCUGAUGGUACUCCCACCCUAUUGGGGGGCGCUGUGAUCUAAACGAUAAAAGGAAUCAAAGGGAAUUUAAUACAAAAAACUCAUGAAGUGCCAAUUGUUUUAUUAUGCUUUUUUUGGGGCGAAUAUUGCCAAAGAGGGAGGAACAAUGUCAUGCAGCUCCAUUAGCUUUGCAAUUUUGAAAUGUACAUUACGUAUGGCUCCACUCUAGGCUUUUCAAGUAAUCUGGCAUUUACUUGGUCAUUUCACCCAGAGAGUGAAACAGUCCCCGCCCUUUCAAUGCCUUCUUUCCUGUCGUUAACCAACCAGCUCCUUCCCUUAUUGACUGACAUGCUUUGACUCAUUGGAAGUGAAAUAGCAACAGCCUUCCUGAGCGCAAGUCAAGCAAACAGACAGCUUUCUUUAACAUAGCGUCGGACAAGAUCCUGUUUUAAAAUGAAAUGGAAAUCAUACCAACAAAACCCAAUUCCUCCUCCGCGUGGUCCUGACCAGCCGAUCCAAGCAUUGAUAAACGUUCGUCGCUGUUCGUAUUGUUAAAAGAAACCAAAGACUAGCUGUGUUGUAUAAAACACAUUUAAUCUGCAUUUAUUCUGAAGCAGAGAAACAAAAAGUGUAUUAUUCUAUUAGGUUUUGUUACAAUAUUGUUAAGUGAAUAAAGAGACUAUAUGGACCAAAAGUUUUUUUUUUAAAAAGUGUCUGUCUCUCUACAAUCUUUGGGUUGCAAUAUCCCCCCCAAGCUACCCAC